UGCACCGUUAAAGCUUCACAUUCGGUGCAUCUCCGAUGGGCUCUUUCUGUUUACAUGCUUUUUUGCAAAGAAUAACUAUCUUCUGAGACACGUUCGGAUAACUGGAACAAAAAUUCAGACCGUCUCACAAAUAGCAUAUAUAUGAAGUAGUCGACAUGGAUUCUUGAUUGGCGCUUUUAGACAAAACGUCCAGAUAAAAAGUACAAACCUUUGAGGAACUUUAGCAGUAACAUUGCUCUCUACUUUGAUUUUGUGAAGUAUUGACAAUGGGGACAGCGCUGCUUUAUGAUGAGGAGAUGACCAAAUACAAACUGCUGUGGGUUGACCCAGCCUGUAAGAUUGAGGUCCCUGAGCGGCUCAUAGUCAGCUAUGAGGCCUUGGUCAAGAGUGGUCUUUCUGACCGCUGUAUCUCCAUACCUGCUCGUGAGGCUUCAGAUUCAGAGAUACUGCUCGUCCACAGUGAGUUAUAUCUGGAGGCAGUGAAAAAAACUCCUUACAUGACUUUGGAGGACUUGAAGGAGUUCACCCUUCAGUUUGGGGAUGUCUACUUCCAUCCAAAUAUCUAUCACUGUGCCAAGCUGGCUUCAGGGUCUGCUCUGCAGCUGGUGGACAGUGUUAUGACAGGGAAGGUCAGGAAUGGCAUUGCUCUGGUCAGGCCCCCGGGACAUCACAGUAUGCACGGUGCUGCCAAUGGUUUCUGUGUGUUCAAUAACGUGGCCAUAGCAGCUCGAUAUGCCAAACAGAAAUAUGGAGUCAAAAGGGUCCUAAUAGUAGACUGGGACAUACAUCACGGUCAAGGGGUUCAGUAUUGCUUUGAGGAUGAUCCGAGUGUUCUUUACUUUUCUUGGCACCGCUAUGAGCAUCAGAACUUCUGGCCUAAUCUCAGAGAGUCAGACUAUGACAGUGUCGGCAAAGAGAGCGGCGCUGGCUUCAACAUAAAUGUGCCUUGGAAUAACGUGGGAAUGGAAAACAGCGACUAUCUAUCAGUCUUCUGCCAUGUCCUUCUGCCAGUAGCUUAUGAGUUUUGCCCAGACUUGGUUUUGGUGUGCGCAGGCUUUGACUCGGCAAUCGGUGACCCAGAGGGAGAAAUGUGUGCCACUCCAGACAUCUUUGCCCACUUAACUCACCUUCUGAUGAACCUAGCUGGAGGAAAACUAUGUGCUGUACUGGAGGGAGGAUACAACUUGACUUCUCUCGAACAGUCGGUGUGUCAGACUGUUCAUACUUUGCUUGGAGAUCCUCUGCCUCAGCUUGCAAACCUCAGGGGUCCCUGCAAAAGUGCAAUCGAGUCUCUUCAGUGUGCCCGAUCAGCUCACAGGCGGUACUGGUCCUUCCUGAAGCAUGCAGCCGACCCACCUAUGACUGAUAUCAGCACCAAACACAUUAAAUCGGCUAUGGAAGAGGAAGAAAAGACAGAAAUGGCAGAAGAAGAAAGAUGCACAGAGGGAAAAGUUUGGCCUGAGCCUCCAGAGCGUUUGUGUCCUCCUGUUUGUUCUGCGUCGGUGCUUCCUGAUGAUGUGGCUUGUCCAGACGGAUUGAAACGCCUCAGCUCCUCCAAAGAUCUUGAACCACUCUUAGUUAGCAAAUUAAAGAAUCGUUUCAGGACAGCUGCAGUUGAUGGCGACGGGGUCACAACCUUCUCAAGACUUUAUACCCUGAUUGAGAAAUUGGUGGCGAAUGAGAUUCGCAAUGGCCUGGUGCUGGUCCCUGAUGUCGCUGCAGCCAUGAUGUGUGUUGUCCAGGAUCUCAUCUCCGAUCUCGUCAAGCGGGUUUUAGUUGUUUGUGUCGGCAAGGAGAAGGAGCUGGAUUAUGUCACCACAGAUGGGAAAGUGCUUGUUGUGCAAAUCAGCAGUGAAGACAGUGAGGAACAGAGGAGCAAAUAUUAUAUUCCAGUGUGUUUGAAGAAGGGUUGCAGUGACACGUCUGGGUUCAUCCAGGCGGUCCUUGGCCUCCUCCUACCUCUGGGAUACGAGUACAACCCCGAUCUUGUCCUUUUAGUUCGCAUGCCAGGCAGUGGAGUGGUUGACAGUAUGUGGCAACAGCUAAUUGGCCUGCUGCAGGGCUUUGCAAAAGGACACACUCUGGUUCUGAUGCAGGUAAAUGAAAAGGCGUGCAUGGGCUCUACUGCAUCCGCCCUCCUUGGUCACCCUGCGCCUCCUCUGCAGGACCUUCAGACUCCGUUCCCAGAGGACGGAGAUGCUUUGGAGAGAUUGAGAGAGAGGCUGCAGGCUGACUGGAAGAUGCUGCAAACAACAUCUUAAUGGACUGCAGCAACCCUUCCAUGUUAGGCACCAUCCAAAACUCUCAAGACUCAUAAUUAAAUGGGAAUGUCCUGCUGAUGUUUAUCUCUGAGGACCAGCUGAAAGAUCUGACAUAUUUAGCAGCUUUUAAACACUGAUCACUGUUCCUUUUAAUAAAGCAUUUAAGCAAGUAUGGUGCUGUCUGAGCUGUUGAUCCUGUUUUAUACUAUGAAUUAUGGUUUGGUUAAUAUUGUUAAUAAAUGAUUUUCUAAAUUUCA